AUGGCAGGCUCGUUGGUUGUCAAGCUGUUACUUCCACCACCUCCUUCUUGCAAUCCUCCUUCCUUACAGCCUUCUCCUCCAUCUCCUUCCCCCUCCUCCCGCCCGUCCUCCGCUCACUCCUUUGCCUCGCAUAACGGUUCUUUAUCCUCCGGCUGCAACGGACAUUGCUGUUUGAGCUCUGAUUCGGACACAAGACAUUGGCGUAUCCGUGUGAUCAUGGGCCCCUGCCGUUGGAAAUACUGCGGCUGCCCGCAAGGGAACUGCGUCACAGACUCCCCUGGCCAAGUGGAAAACUGUGAUGAAUGUGCACACCCCAUGGCUUAUCACGAAGAAUAUGCCACACCAGAGCCUACUGCUAUACUAGCCCCGCCAGUCCCUAUGAAAUUUCCGCCGGCGCAGAUAUUCAACAUACCGGAUAUUAACCUUCCCGUCGCUGAGCGCACAGAACUUGUGAUGGAAAUUUUCGAACGAUUGGAACAUUUCGCUAUAGUCAGAAUUAACGGGACUCCGGCCUCAGGUAAAACCACCCUCAUGAGUCUUUUGAUCAGGCAUUUGAUGAAUAACCCCGAGGAUCACAAACUCAUUUAUGUUUUGAUUGGUUGGGCGCCUAACAAGGUUGAAAGUGUGGGUGGUUGGGCGAAAUAUCUAGAGGAACAGACGGGGGUAAAUGGUUUCAACUGGAUCAAUCAUCCUGGUUAUCUAUUUGUCGAUGAAGCUCAGCAAACAUAUGGGGAUCAGGAGGUGUGGGCUGGGCUGUUCAAAGCUGUCUCAUCAACUUCGAGGUGUAGGGUCGUGCUCUUCACAUCAUACGGCUCCCCUAAUAAGGGAUCUGAAGGAUUCUUUGUCCCGAGAUUCAGACAAACCCCGAUGACAUUCGAUCCGGCGCAGCAGAUAUCCCUGAAUCCUGAUCAAACCGUAAUACCGGAUUUCAAGCCGGUUGGUCUGCUCCUGAAUGAACAUGAGAGUCUGAACCUUAUAGGGCAUUUUAUGAAGGACCGCCUCUCAUCCAUUUUUACCGGAGAUAUAUCGGAAGAUUUCAAGCGUGGUGUCUGGCAGGUCAGUCAGGGGCACGUGGGGCUGAUCAUAUCGUUCUGUGAGGUUUUGGGACGGUUACAAAAGCUUCGUCCCUAUAGACACUCUGAUCUACACUGGCAAAUAAUUUGCGCCGUUGUUUUCAAAGAACCUGCGGUGUUGUUUGAAAGGAUCAAAGGUUCUCAAUUCGCUAGAGGUCUCCCAUCAUGCGAUGUGUUACAAGAACCAGCUGUUGCUCGGGUACUGAAGGAAGCCGUUCUAUCGCCUCGCGGGCUCAAUAAAUUAUCCUACGUCGAAGGAACCCCUGAAUAUCAAGCGCUGUAUUAUAUAUGGCGCAAUGGUUGGCUGCAUGCACAAGCAAUUGGGACUAAUAUCGAAUACGUCUUUCCAACCGACUUUCAUAAAUGGUUUUGCGCUUGUGUGUUCAAUCCGGCAGAUAGUGAAACACAGCCACUACCAUACCAAUCUCCUUUACAUCUUGCUAUAGAGGUUGUGAAAAGAUUCAAUCCCCACCAAUUAUCAGAACCUAAACGAGCCUUUAAUCGAGAUACGUCACCACUUGAAGACCAAUAUGGCAAGGAGUUCUACCGCUGUAUUGAUGAGAUCUUACGCGGUCGUAUACUUGUAUCACCGGAAUUUGCAAUUGACUACGGGACUCAAAGCGGUAGUCUGGAUUUCUAUAUUUCGGAUAUGAAAUGGGGUAUUGAACUUCUGAGAGACAACGAUCGGAUCUCGGAGCAUCUAAAUCGGUUUGAGCCCGGGGGACAGUACCACCGCCUCGUACAAGAAAACAACAUGAAACAGUGGAUUGUCCUUAAUCUCACAACCAAAAGACCUUCCAAGAAACAAACAGGUGACUGCGGUCGACUUUAUCACGUUGUUUUCACGAAUAACUUCAGAUCUUUCGAAAUUCUGCAUGCAGACCUUGAGCUCGAAUCAGCGUUUUCUUUAUUGGAAAAUCACUCUCAUUUGUUUCUAUCAUGA